GGGGGGGCACAGGUGAUCCAGGCCAGAGGAUGGGCAGCAUCCCCCGAGAAGAAGGAAGCAACAUGAAGAAGCAGCAGAGGAAGCCAAUCUUCCAAGGGACCCCCCAGGAGGAGGCGUGGCCCCCUGAGGCCCCAAGGGCCCCUGUCAAGAGAGACCACCACCACCGGAUCUUUGUGAACCGGAGCCUGGCGCUGGAGAAGAUCAAGUGUUUUGGUUUUGAUAUGGAUUACACGCUGGCAAUGUACAAGUCCCCCAAUUACGAGGAGCUGGCCUUUGCAUUGCUGCUGGAGCACCUGGUCUCCAUUGGGUAUCCCAAGGAGAUCCUGGCUUACAAGUAUGACCCCACCUUCCCCACCAGGGGCCUGGUCUUUGACGCUCUCUAUGGGAACCUGCUGAAGGUGGACUCCCAUGGCAACCUCCUGGUCUGUGCCCACGGCUUCCGCUUCUUCAAGGGAGCUGAAAUCUGGAACUUUUACCCCAACAAGUUUAUCCAGAGGGAUGACACCAAGCGGUUCCAUAUCCUGAACACCUUGUUCAACCUGACAGAGACCUACCUCUUUGCCUGUCUGGUGGACUUCUUCACCAACUGCUCCAGAUACGUGAACUGUGAGACCGGCUACAAGCACGGCAACCUCUUCAUGUCCUUCCGCAGCAUCUUCCAAGACGUCCGCGAGGCCAUGGACCACGUCCACCUGUCGGGCUCCCUGAAGGAGAAGACGCUGCAGGACCUGGAGAAGUAUGUGGUGAAAGACGAACGGAUCCCACUGCUCCUGAGCCGCAUGAAGGAGGCCGGGAAGGUCUUCCUCGCCACCAACAGCGACUACAGCUACACGGAUGCUAUCAUGACGUACUUGUUUGACUUCAAUCAAGAAGGAGAGGAGGGACCUGACCCUCGGCGCUCCUGGCGCUCCUAUUUCGACCUCAUUGUGGUGGAUACUCGCAAGCCACUGUUCUUCGCGGAGGGGACGGUCCUGCGCCAGGUCAACACCGACACGGGGAAUCUGCGGAUUGGGACCUACACGGGGCCCCUCCAGCACAGCACCGUCUACUCCGGAGGCUCCUCGGAUGUGGUGUGCGACCUUUUGGGGGUGAAGGGGAAAGACAUCCUCUACAUCGGGGACCACAUCUUUGGGGACAUCCUCAAGUCCAAGAAGCGGCAGGGAUGGAGGACCUUCCUGGUGGUGCCCGAACUGGCCAAGGAGCUCCACGUCUGGACUGAGAAGAGCGGUGAGGGAUGGGAAAUGGAUAACCGGCACAUGCCCUUGGGAAGGCUUCCUACUCAUGGCACCAAUCUUGUUGUUGGGAUUUAAAAAUGGAGAAAAGCA